GGUGAUGGUGCGGCGGCGAUGAUGAGGAGCAGGAGAGACGUAGAAGGUGGUGAGGGCAACGACAGAGGCACCAGCGAUGACGACGAGAACGGAUCCACCAGGAAGAAGCUCAGGCUCUCUAAGGAACAAUCUGCGUUUCUUGAAGAGAGCUUCAAAGAACACACCACCCUUAAUCCUAAGCAGAAACUGGCUCUUGCGAAACAGUUAAACCUUCGUCCCCGUCAAGUUGAAGUUUGGUUUCAGAACAGAAGAGCAAGGACCAAGUUGAAGCAAACGGAGGUGGAUUGCGAGUACUUGAAGAGGUGCUGUGACACCUUAACGGAAGAGAAUCGGAGGUUGCAGAAGGAGCUUCAAGAGCUGAGGGCAUUAAAGACUUCUCAACCCUUCUACAUGCAGCUUCCGGCCACCACUCUCACAAUGUGCCCUUCUUGUGAAAGGGUCGCCACCAACACCGCCGCUAAUAACAAUGACGCUUCUCAGAUUGCUUCCGCUUUGUCUCUUAGUAACAAGCCCAGAAUCUUGCCAUUUCCUAAUACUCAGGCCCAUCCUCCUCCGGCCCAAAAGGCCCAUCAAUGAUCAUCAUCAUCAUCGUCAUCAUCGUUCGCGACCCUUUUUCGUCUUUUCGCUUAGCUUCCUCCCCCUCAUUUUCCAUUUGUAUAUAGUUUUCCCUUUUUGUGUUGAAUUUUAGACCUUAUCUUUUAUUAUUCCAUUCUUUUUUUUUUGUUUUUGUUUGAUAGCUACUCUGGAUUAUAUUAAAAGAACAUGAUGAUCCUUUUUGUCGAGAUCACUGAGGGAUGGAGUAGCACAGAUUUUGUAAGCCAAAUGUGGAAUGAAACCCUUGUUUUUCAUCA